UGCUAGUGAGAAAACGAAUAAAACACAACUACCUCUUUCGCUCUCACUCUCUCCCCCUCUCUCUCUCUCUGCUGUGUUCGCUUUCAGAAUUUCGCGACCUACGAAGAAGCAGAAAAGAGACCCAUCGAAUGCACCAGUCCAUGAUGGACGAUUUUCAGAAAUUGAUGGCCUUGAAGCAGGCGUACGCGGAGAUUAUCUUAGGCAUGGCCAAGGAGGCGGCGGGGCGAGUCAUGGCAGCCGAAAGAAGAGCCACUCAGUUUCAGGAGGAGCUAUUUAGUUCAAAAGGAGAGGCGCUGCGGUUGCUUUUGAGGUUAAAGCAAAUGUGUGAUGCCAAGUUGAGUGAAGCAGAAACAACAUCAGCAUGGCAGCAAGAAAGAAUUGAAGAGCUUGAGGCACAACUUCAGGAAUCUGAGAACACUGUCAAAGAGCUUAGAGAAGAGUUGAAUAAAGCUCGAGAUGAGUUGGAAAAUGAAAGAACUCAUAAAUCGCAUCAAGUUAGUAAGACUCUUACAAUUGGUGACACUGUCAAACCUGAAGAAGUUUUAGGGGGAAACAGACGUAAUACUUCUCGUUCCAUAGGACAGUCUCAGUCCGAUUCACAGACUGCAGAUGAAGUUUCUGGCAUGAAUAUCAGUUCCAAUAAAGUAUCAGGGGGGAGUAAUUGCUCCUGUAAAGGUCAAGCUCUCAAAAACUACUGUCGUGUUCAUAACCGUAAUUUUUCUGUCACAGUAAUGAGAGGCAAAGGGCCAAAGCUUAGGAGAAACAAGGGCACUCGGACAGUGCGGGCAUUUGAAAAGAAUUCGUCUGCACAGCUGUCUUUCUCCGGACAAGAGGAGAAUGUUGAACAUAGGACAUACAGUAGGGGAAGAGAAGGCAAAGUGUCAGCUGCGGUAUCCAACCUCUCUGUGGAUAAGAAUUAUGGGAGGAAGAGAGAACCCUCUGCAUUGAAAAUGAUAAAAGCGGACUGCAAUGAGGUCUCUAAAACUGUUACAAGAAAAAGAAAAAGGACUCCAGGAUGCAGAAUCAAAAAUACCUCGUGGGGGAAGCUGCUUGACCAGACUUUCACAAAGCAGCGAGCAACUGAUGUUUUUUCCUUCGGAACUUCUAAGGAGUCUCAUCCACCACGCAGACUACAUUCACCUUCAGAGGCAACUGAAGUUAUGGAGAAAUCAGGUGCUCUGGUUACUCUUAAAGAUGCUGAGCUUGUUAAACCUGGUAUUAUGGUGGAUGCAACUAACAGGAGUAAGAGGCCAAAGGAAUCAGAAAAUAUAAGACAGGGUAAUGGUGGAGUCCAGCAUAUAAAUGUUUUAGCUGCCACAUCAGAUCAAGAUAAAAUCAACGACUUGUCAAACGCAGAUCUGAAAGCUUCUAGUGUAAGUGACGGAAUUUCAGGCAGACCUCUGGAGAAUAAGCUUCUCAAGUUCACAUUUACUAGGCGUAAGAAGGAAACUUUGUGCAGCCCUAAUGGCACUUUCUGUGGUGCUGAUAUUACUUCGAAGCCAAAGGAACAAAAACUUGACCAUUCUUUGAAGAUGGAGAACUCUGCCCUUACAUGUGAAACAUCUCAAGACAGUCAACAGCUAGUGCAAAUUGCAGAACAGCUUAUCUCUCUGGCACGGAAUAAAUGGGAUUAGAGGCCGUGUCGCUGUUAAAGAAGAGAGACCGGGAAGUUCCUCAGUAGCCCGGUUUCAAAGAAAACAAUUUUUUUUGGUGAUUUCUAUAUAAGUAGUAGCGAGACAGGUAGCAUUCUUGAAAAGGAAGCGAUCCGAUCAUCUAUGAACAAUAUUUGCUCCGUAAUUUAUCAUUAGCCUCGUAGUUAUCCAACUAUACCUUAAUAAUGACCAUGGAAUAUGCAUGGUAUAGUUAUUUUUUACUUAUUUUUUAUAACAGUAUUAUAGAUAGACAAAUAAAACGAAACUUUUCAGUAUAUAUUUAAUGAUGACAUUCAUUGUUGUUA